AAUUUAGAAUAUUUCACUGUUUGAAUGUGUGUGCGUUUUUCAAGUACAAUACAUGACAUUUAUUUUCCCUUUAAACUGAUCGAUUAUAAUGCAUUUAGAUAAACAUGCUUUCGACCAACUUGAAUAGCCAACCCCCGACCCAUUAAAAUGAAUGAAAGGAACGAAUCUUUAUUGAAAGGACUAGACAUUCAAGCUUAAAUAAAAAUAUUAAAUAUAUCGCGAAUAUUUUAGUUAUUGCAAAGUCUACAACUUGGAAGAACUAAACCAUGGAUUUGUGAUGCAUAUUUUCAGAAUUUAUGAAGGUCGCCCAAUUCAUGCAUAAUGUAAUAAACCAGGGAAAUCAAUACUCCUUAUCCCAGGAUCACUGAAAGAAAAUGCAGAAUAGAAUGAAGUGGUUUAUUUUCCUGCUUGCUUUCGUAAAUAUUACAGCGAUUUCUGCAUCGUCAUGUCAGUUCCCGGCGGAUCUAAGAGGAGCGUGGAUCAGUUCUGACAAGGGAUUCCUCAGAUUCGGCGAGUCUGUUAUUUAUGAUUACCCCGUCAUUUUACCAGGAGUGACGUCAGUUGACUUCCUCUGUUCAGAAAAUAAUGGAACAUACUAUCUUCUCAAAUCUUCGACAGAUAUCAACGUGUUUUCUUUGGAAGUCAGCGUGUUUGUUUGCCUUAGUUUUGAACGAGUGAGAUCUGACAAUUAUAUUUAUUAUGUUGAGACACCCCUAGACUCCACAGUUAAGGAGAAUGUGUAUGCUUAUUCAAAUCCUGUAAACGUAUCUAUGGAUGUUGUGUGCAGUCUUCCCAAGACAACCGACAACAUGUAUAGCUUAAUUAAAAAUGUUUCAACUGCAGAUAUAGUAAGUAUCGAAUGUCCCAACUUUUUGCGGAAAUCCUUCGUAAACCUUAACUCCGAAGAAAAUGGUAUGGAAAACGUUUGUGUAAAUGGUAGUGUCAACGGUUGUCUGAAGAACACGCAGCUCACUAUCACAAGUCCAUCUUGCCAUUCCAGUAUCCAUAUACCAGAUAACCUUUCUGUGAAUUGUCUGUUUUAUGAAACGGAAAAUGACGUCACAUAUUUGUAUACGUGGACAGCUGAUACUGCCUCUAUAUCAAAAAGAGACCAUGGAUUUAUUUGUAUUGAAAUCACCCAUAACGAAUCCUCUGCAACUUUUCGGUUAUUUAAUGAUACAUGCACAGAUGCCUCAAAGAAUACAGAAUUUCUCACCCUGAAGUCAAAAGAAAUUCAUGAAAUCUGUCGACCAACCACACCAGCCCCUCCACCUAAUAGGGGAACGGGACAUGCAAACUCCCCCAAAAAGAUAAAGAGUUCCACAAAUUGGGCCAUCUAUUUUGCCAUUGUUGUCUGCAUCAUCAUAAUCAUCGGUUUUAUUGUUAUCAUCAUCAAAUUCUUUCGAAAACAAAUGUGGGAUUUCUUCACAAAGAAGCCUCCUCAACAAACCGAGAAAGCUACUUUCUCCGACAUUGCAGCUAAUUCUACGGAUACUUUAGAAACACAAAAAUAUUAGUAUAAAUUUCGAUUUCAUUUUAAUCACUUUGAAUUUGAAAGUUAUAAUAU